UCCAAACAGGGCCCCGAAAAGGAAAAACCAAAGAAGAGCGUACUAUUAUCCUUCUUCAUCAACGAUCCUAAACUGGUUGCGGUGAUUCCAGUUUCCAUAAAUUGCCAACAUUAUCCUCUUUCUCAAUCUAAAUGAUCGUCGAUUUUGUACUUUUUCCUUCAAUUUCUUGCUUGGAGAACUGUUGAAAUUCCCCUGAUGGGCGUUGAAUCGAACUCCGCGCCGCCGCCGCCGCCGCCGCCGCCGCCGCCGUCGUCGUCGUCGUCUUCUACGCCAUCGCCGAGCGGGAAGAGGGCUAGAGAUCCCGACGAUGAAGUUUAUCUCGACAAUUUUCACUCUCACAAGCGCUACCUAAGUGAGAUAAUGGCUUCUAGUUUGAAUGGAUUGACGGUUGGGGACCCUCUUUCAGAGAAUCUCAUGGAUUCCCCUGCUAGGUCAGAGUCCAUGCUUUAUCUAAGGGAUGAAAUGUCCUGCCAAUAUUCUCCUAUGUCGGAAGAUUCAGAUGACUGCCGGUUUUGUGAGACAUCCACAAACUUAUUUCCCUCGCAGUCUGAUAGUAGUGUACCUACCAGUCCAGUCUCUCCAUACCGAUAUCAGAGGCCAUUCAGUGGGAUGACUCCUUCAACAGGUACCAAUACUUCACUUGGAUGUAAUACUGGUCCCGUCACUAGCUUGCAGCCCCAUCAACGCGGAUCAGAUUCUGAGGGUCGUUUCCCAUCGUCUCCUAGUGAUAUAUGUCACUCAGCAGAUCUGAGAAGGGCUGCGCUCCUGCGCUCGGUGCAAAUGAGAGCACAGCCUCAUGGCCCAUCAUCUAUGGAGUUGCCAUAUUGCUCCAUGCCUGAACCUGGACCUAAUAUAGAAGCUGAAGAGCGGUCAUGUUCUUUCAUAAAAUCGUUGGUUGAUGAAAGAGUUUACCAACUCGGGGAAUGCUCCUCAAUGGGAGUGUCCGAACCUGAAUAUAACGAACAGAAAUCAUGCAAGGACUUGAACGGGGAAAUGAAAGACAGUGAGUCUGGAGGGUAGUAGUAGUAAAUGCUCAGCAGAGGAAAAAUCUCUUCUAACAUAACACAUGGAACACAUUGCUGGGUGGAACUGUGAAGUGUUUGUUUUUUGGUUCAACCUCCAUGGAAAUUCUCUUUUUGCAUAUGCUGCAAAAUUGCUUUUGCUUGAUUGAGUAUGGUUUGGUCUUCUUCUAGGUCCUUUCCCGAGUGUGUGGUGCCUUGUGUGCUAUUUUCAUUGUCGAGCGAGCUGUUCUUAUGAAGCUCGAGUCGAGAAGAGAUGUUCAUUGUCAAGCUUGUGUGAGAAACUCUGUCUAUUUGAUUCCUACUCGAGCUCGAGUCGAGAGAAGAUGUCUGUCA